GCUGAAUAUUUAAAUAAAAUUGUUUUUCUUUAACUUUACCUCUGAUCUUUGUGUAUCUUUGAGCAUGCAGUGUGACUGUGAGUCUUUGUGUUUGUGCCUUUACUACCAUUACUACCACGACCAAAUGUUACAUACAACUCUGAGUAUUAUAUACAAAGCCCGUUUGAUAUAAUAAACAGUAUUUAAUUUGUGAACCUUUACUUUUACCGUUUAUUUUUGUCUUAAUUUGCGGAAUUAUUCCACUGAAUCAUCAUUGUCUGACUAGGAAGUAAUGUUUGAUUCCCGUUCCUGCACGUUCCGUUAUUAGCGACGCACACCGGGAUAAUUGGUAUAGGUGUUCAUAUCUUGUUAGUAUAUUCCGGUCAGGACAAUUGAAAUUGUUUAGGCAAACAGACCGAGAGCAAGCUAUCAGAAUUUAUCACCACCCCACGACAUCCUGCAGGAUCUCGCUCCGGACUGAGCGAGCAACAGAAUCACGGUCAUCAACCACGUAUGUGCAGGUCAGGGUCCACUGUAUGACAGGGCAGUCUUUUGUUCACCUCGAUGGGCCGUUAACGAAUGAGCUAUCGAGCUAUUCAGCUGAUGGAGCUUAAAUUCUAGGUUAAAUUCCAAGUGAGUAUUUGUUUCAAUAUGGACUGUUUGUUAUUAUUAUAUAAUAAUAUAAACUAGUCAGAAUAACAGACUUCAUCUGUCACGAAAUAAGUAUCUUUUCAGGGUACACUUAAAUUCUUGUUAUAAAUUGUAUUUACACACUUAUACCAAUACUUCCGACUAGUUUAUAUUAUUAUUUUGUACCACUAAAGUAUUAUUUAUGAAAUACUAUUAAAUUUGCUUUCACAUCCCUAAUAGCAAGAUGCUCCCUAGCAUUCCAUCGGAAUAUCCAUCCAUCUCCCAGGGGCUAAGGACAUGAUGUUUUUUUUUUAAAGAAAAAAAUUCUAGUGAACUCCAAAAUGGUCUUGUUAAUUUGCCUGACUAUAUAUCUUGUUAUAUAUACCUGUAUGCCAGUUUUUUGUUUUUUUUUUAACUCUAUUUAUUUGCAUAAUGCUUAAUCAAAACAUACAUUUUAGAUAGUCCGAGCUGCAUUUUCAAGACAAAGUGAUAUCCUAAGCAUUACACCACAGAAGGCGUAUCCCUCCAGAUCUCAACCCAGCUUCGUAUUACCUGUCAACGAAUUGGUGAUUGGUCGCCUGAUGCCUCAGAAUAGGUGGGCGUGUCUAAUGUUUGGGCAUAAAUACAGAGGGUACAUUCAAGGUACUUUACUCUUUUUUGGAUAAGGAUAUAUAUUCUGUUCCUGCAUUUGCUUAAUUUUGCUUUGAUACCGCUUUAAGAAUGGCUCCAAACAGGUAAGACAUUUUGUGUCAUUUACUGUAUUUGCUUGUGUUUAUUUGUGUUUCCUUCACUGGACUUUCUCUGUACUCAUGGUCUCGUUAUUUUUGAAGGUUUGCUGAACGCAACAUUGUCCACUGCUUGCGGUGCAAGAAGCCGCAGAAACAUCUCGCUGGCCACCUGGCUAGAGUGUAUUUGAAAGACAGCACAGCAGAAGAAAGGCAAGCUGAGAUCCAGAAGGCCAAGGUAUCUUCCAGACGGUGGGUCUGGAGGAACAGGACCUGGGAUUACCGCCAGCUUUGUUCUAUCCUGCCCCACAGUCCGUGUGCUUCUUUACUGGCGGAAGAAUUUCAGAGGUGUGGGUUCUUUAUCACCAACAUGCCGCAAGAGUCAGACAUGGCCAUUGACUCAGGUGAUGCCACCUCCUCACAACAGGAUUCGACUUCUGCUCAGAGAUAACUACAAUAAAUAUGAUGACAGUGUUCGCACACCGACACAGUACCAGGCCAUUUUGGCGGUAGCCAGGAACGACUUCCUGAAAAUCUUUCGGAAGCUCGUCUCAAGCGCACAGGUCCUCUCAACAGAGCAGACCAGCUAUCGCCGCUACUGCACGGCACUUUUGGUGUUACGUCACUUUCAGUGCCCGGCAGCUGUGCAAGGCCUGACAGUAAGUGCAUCUAUUUUAACGGUCUAAAUGACAUUUUUCUCUUAAAAAUAUGCUGUGGUGGUUAUUUACAAAUGUGUUCAUUAACAAAUUCUGCCUUUCCAUUGUUUUUCAGGUGUCAGAGUGGGUCAACAGGAAGGAAGUUGACGACAGGGUGGUGAUUGGCUUCGGCCGAAAUGAAACGAUGCAGCCAGCUGCCUGUUUUGCCUUGACAAAGGAGGAGGAAGCUUGGUUGCAGGCAUAUUACUCGCACAUCCGGCCAAGAGUGAUCAGGAGUGACCUGAACUGUGACAGGUUCUUCCUUUCGUCAGCUGACACUGCUUUGCUCACAGUUUCGAAUGACCUCGGUGUGCUCCACAAAGCUUAUGUAAAAAGCUGGAGUGUGGGCACACUCGAAAACUUUCUAAGAGCCACCAGUCGUCAGGCGAGAGGUGCUUUAGAGACAGCGGCGGCUAACCUGACGGACACGGAGAAGGAGGCCGUGUCCUCUUACCUGGCCUACAACACUGCUGUGGCCAAACUGCACAGAGUACCUACGCCACAGACUGUAGUGGCCACGGCUACACUGCUGGACUCCUUGGCAGCCUCUGACACCGACCGGUUUUCCGGUCCAUCGGGCACAAAGUCUUUAGACUUUGCAGCCUUUUUAAUGAGGUUUCCAGCAUCGGCAGACAGCAAAGCACCCACCAAACUGGACAGGUUAAAGGCAGGGUUUCCGGGCGAUCGUGUCUUCUACGACAAGUGGCGUGCCACCCAAAAGGCCAAAAGAAUGGAACGGCUGCUGAAGGCCUUUACCCGAAAACCCCAAGAAAGCAGGGUGAAAUAUGGGAUUCUGAAGGAAGGGUGGAAGAACAACUGUCCAAAGCCAGCGGAUGUUUUGGCGGCCUGGAAACCAGCCACCCAAUUUGUCAUCGAGACUGAUGAGGACCUCCGCCGGAACGUGUCUCAGCAGACGUGGAAAGGCCUGGCCAUCAAAGAUUUUGGUGGAGAGAAAGGGCUAGCAGUUGUUGCAACCCAACCCUUUUCCAAGGGUGACAUCGUGUGUAAUUACCAUGGGAAGGUAAUCACAUAUGCCCAGGGAAAAGUCAUGAUGCAGAAUCUGCAGGAUGAAGCAGUGUACCUGUUUUUCUUCAGGACCGGCCAGAGGCCUCUCUGCAUCGACGCGCAGACUUUUCCCUGUGAAUGCCACCCCUGUGCAGACACUGUGGGCAGAAGACUGAACCAUUCAUCCAAGCAAGCCAACCUGUGUCCUGAACAUUUCGUUUUGAAGGUGAAUGGACAGGACGUGGAUGUCGUCCUCUUCAGGGCCCUGCGGGACAUCAGUGUGCACAUUGAUCUGAAGUUUGACUAAGGGGUGAAAA